UAUGAUAACGGCGUCGUUUAGGCUAAACCUCAUGAAAACCCAUCUUCUUGCUCGCACUAGACCUAGAAAUCAAAAAUCAAAUUUCUGCAUCACUAUCGCUUCGUUAUCCGGCAAAAUGGCUUCUCGAUGUCGAUCUUUGUCGAAACCAGCGUUUUCCGUUUUUAGAUCUGCAAUGAACAAGCCCUCUCUCCGUCCCAAAUCGGCUUCAUCAUUUCUCGGUGCUCCUCCUUCCCCUGGACUUGCAAGGCCGAUUGCUCAGCUGGGCUCGCUUCAAUCGCUACUUCCAUUGUACAGUGCGGUGUCAUCUGCUAGGCUGACUUCGUGCCUCGGUAUCGAUUCGAGGAAUUCUAGGUCGUUGUCUCAGGGUAUGCUUUGCAGUGCGAAUCCAGGAGUUUGAUAUUCUCCAAAUGUUUUGUGUUUAGUAUAUCUAGCUUGGCCUGAGCGUGCCUCGAUAAAGAGACCCGACUCGAAGAAAAUGGAUUCAUCUGAGAUCAGAUUCUCUGCGUUUUUGCUUUGCUGGUCUUAAUUUAGUCACCAAGAUCAGUUUCUGUUUCCUUUUCAUCCAAUUAAGUUAACAAUUUCAUUUGGAUUUCUAUCAUCAACGCAUCAAAGAUUGAACAAUAAUAGUCUCUUCUCUGACAUUGGUGUUCCUGGAUUCUUCUAUGAUAUUGCUUUCUCGAAGGGACAUCACGCCAUGGUUUUGGUAUUCUAUCAUUGGCUAAGUUAUU